GACUCGGGAUUUGGGGUUGUGUGCGGGUCUGUGGAGAAGGCAACUGCCCCUAAAGUCCAAAGACUGUUGUUGGCCUCACUGCAGCAGCAGCAGCAACAGCAACAGCAGCAGCAGCAGCAGCAGCAACAGAAGAAGAAGCUGCAAAUGCAGCCGCAACAGUCAAUGCAGCAGCAAGCUUCGUCGUGCCAUCGCAAGAGGUCGGAGACCCGCCCCGCGCCGCAGCAUGGCAGCAGCAGCAGCGCUUGCUGCUGCUGCAACAGCUGCUGCUGCGGCGCUUCCGGCUUCGCCCAUGGUGAGACGCUGCAGCAGGAGCAGCAAGAGCAACAGCAGCAGCAGCAGCAGCAACAGCAGCAGGAGCAGCAAGAGCAACAGCAGCAGCAGCAGCAGCAACAGCAGCAGCAGCAGCAACAACAACAGCAGCAGCAGCAGCAGCAGCGUCAACGCCACCUGCACCCAAGACACAUGCACUGGACAGACAGUGCAGCAACUGCUGAGGCCCCUUCAGACGUCUACCGCACGGCAGCAGCAGCAGCAGCAGCAGCAGCAGCGGCUGCUGCUACACCCAUGAACAGCAGCUUUCUAGAGACUCUGCAGCAGCGCGCCCAUGAACUUUCCACCCUGGUGUCUUGGGGUGCUGCAGAGCACCACGAGAUGCUGCUGCUGCUGCAGCAGCAGCAGCAGCAAUGCGAGCUGAGGCUUCAGCAGCAGAAGCAGCAGGCAGAGGCCUUGAAGCAGCAGCAACGCUGUAAGUUCGCGCUGCAGCAGCAGCGACUGGAGCGCGCCUAUGCUGCACUGCAGCAGGACUUCGAGGCGAACUACCGGCUGUUUGCAGAAGCAGCAGCAGAGCAGCAGCAGCAGCAUCAACAGCUGGAAGCAGCGCUCAACGAAGCGCGGCAAAAGCUGCAGCAGCAGCAGCAGCUGGAAGCAGCUCUCAAGGAGGCGCAGCAGCAGCUGCAGCAGCAAGCUAGUGAGGCGGAGGAGCUGCGGCGCAGCAAUUCGCAGCUGCAGCAGCAGAAUGCCAGCUGGGAGCAGCAGUUGCGACAGCAACAGCUGCAGCACCAGCAGCAGACACAGGAGCUGCAGCAGGAACUGGAGCAGCAGCAGCUGCAGCAGGAGAAGCUGAAGCAGGCCUGCGAGCGUGAGGCUUCGCUGAAGCGAAAGGCCCUGCUGCAGCUGCAGGAAGCAACAGCAGCAGCAGCAGCAGCAGCGGAGCAGCAGCAGCAGCACCACCAGCACGUCCUAGAAAGCAUACAGAAAAGGUGUGCUGCAGAGGUUGAACGGGAAGCUGCAGCAGCUGCUGCAGCGCGGCAGCAGCAGCUGCUGCUGCAGCAGCAGCUUGCGGCUCUCAACAACGGGGCGACGAAGCCUCUGACAGCAGCAGCAACAGCAGCAACAGCAGCACCGGAGACAGCAAAAAAAAUGUGCGGGGAGUGCGAGCGACUGCAAGAGGAGAUGCAGCAGCAGCAGCAGCAACUGGAAAAGCAGCAGCAGCAGCUACACGAGGAGACAGCAGCGCGCAUGCACGCAGAAGCGGCCCUCAGCAGCAGGCAAGAGACAGUACAGCACCAGCAAGUUUUGCUGCUGCAGCAGCAGCUCCUUAUUCAGCAGCUAGAGCAGCAGAUGCUGCCGGACCGGCUGCACGCGACAAGCAGUAGCAGCAGCAGCAGCAGCAGCAGCAGCAGCAGCGAGACACUAAGCAGAGGCCCGGGAGCAUCUCGCAUUGCAGCAGCAGCUGCCGCCUCUGGAAGCGGUCAGCAACAAAGCAGCGCAGCAGCAGCAGCGGUGCCACCCUCUGCACAGCAGCAGCAACAGCAGCAGCAGCAACAGCAGCAGCAGCAAGGAGAGCAACAAGAGCUGCAACAACAGCUUCGGGAAGCCACUAGUGUGGUGUUGCGGCUGUUGCGGCAGCUCGAUGGAGGCAAUGAGGAACAGCAGCAGCAGCAGCAGCAGCAGAGUCUUGUCCCGCUGGCUAAAGCUGUUGAACAACGGCUGCGGCAUUUGCUGCAGCAACGCGAAGACCAGCAGCAGCAGCUGCAGCAGCAGCAGCUGCUGCUGCUGCACCAAGCAGAGCAGCUACGACAGCAGCAAACGCUGCAUGCGUCGCACCUUGCUGCGCAGCGAGCAGAGCACGAACAGGCGUUGCUGCGCCUGCAGCAGGACAUGCAUCAGCAGCUGGAGGCCCUUUCAAGACAGCUUUCGAGCAAGGAAAGGGAGAUUGUACAGGCAGAUGACCGGCUGAAGCGAGCGGAGUCGCAGCUGCAGCAGCAGCAGCUGCAGCAGCUGCAGCAGCUGCAGCAGCAACAGCAGGGAUUCGCAGUCGGCACGCCAGAAGUAGCGAGGAGCGCUUGGGCGACGACCUGGAGCCGCAGCAGCAGCAAAGGCCGCAGAAGUGAAUCUGCUACUGCUGCUGCUGCAGCAACGGCAGAUGCUGCAGCAGGCACCAGGCGCAGCAGCUCGCUGCAGCUCCACCGCAGCAGGGAGAGCAGCAGCAGCAGAAGCAGCAGCAACAGCAGCAGCAGCAGCAACAGCAGCAGCGUAGGCAGACGCAGCAGCCCGGACCUUGGCAGUGGGCGCCGCGUUCGCCGCGAACCGGACCGAAGACAACAGCAGCAGCAGCAGCAACAACAGCAGCAGCAGCAGCAGCAGCAGAUAGAAGCACAGACAGCUGAGCUUGACAGGUACCGAAGAGCGUUUAGCACCAUGAGGCAGCACGCAGAGGCGAUGCAGCAGCAGCACCAACUGCAGCUGCAGCGAAAGACGGAGUCUUUAGUCGAGCUGCAGCAGCAGCUGCAGCAGCUGGAGCAGCAGCAGCAGCAGCAGCAGCAACAGCAGCAGCAGCAGCGGCAGGCACUGCAGAAAGCAGAAAAACACGCCGAAGCCUUGCGAGAGGAAGCAAAUGCCUUAAGGGCCACCAUUGAAGACUUGCAGGAGGAAAGGGCUUUGCUGCUGGACGUGUCCAAUCGGCUGCAUUUUGCUUCAUUGCUGCGGAAGCCCUCGUCAGCAGCAGCUGUGGCUGCUGCAGCGCAGCUAACGCAGCAGCAGCAGCAGCAGACGCAGCGGGAGCAGCAGCAGCAGGAGCAGCAGCAGCAAACGGUGCUCGGCGUGCAGGGCACGCACACAGGACCAGCAGCAACAACAGCAGCAGGAACAACAGCAGCAGCAGCAGCAGCAGCACAAAGCGUCAAGCGCCUUUCCAGCACGGCCCCUGCUGCUGCUCUGCGAGGGAUGCGGAGGCAGGUAACAGCAGGGGCCCGGCUGCGCCAGCAGCAGCAGCAGCAGCUGCAGCAGCAGCUGCAGCAGCAGCAGCAGCUGCAGCAGCAGCAGCUGCCGCUUAGAAGAGGGAGCUGCAGCAGCGCAGCGGAUACGCCUUUGCGGUGGAUACUGGAGAAGACGCACGACGGCACUCCACAGCAGGAGGAGCAGCAGGAGCAGCAGGAGCAGCAGCAGAAAGAAAGCCCGCACAGCUCCAGCACGGCUGUCUGCUACAGUACAAACAGCAGCAGCAGCAGAAGCAGAAGCAGCAGCAGCAGAAGCAGCAGCAGCAGCAGCGGCGGCGGCGAGCAAAGCGCAGAGCAGCCCCGUGAGCGCCGCCGCAGCAAAACUAGCAACAGAAGCAGCAGCAGCAGCAGCAGCGGCAGCGGGAACAUAGCAGCAAAAGCAGCAGCAGGCGAGCGGCAGAAGGAAAACCCAAAGCAGCAGCAACAGCAGCAGCAAAAGAAGCAAAAGCUGCAGCAACAGCGGCAGCAAAAGCUGCAGCAAAGACUACGACAAAGAUACUAG